AUGGAUUCGGAUCUACAAUAUUUACUUGGACUAAGAAACAAACCGCUGCGUUUGCUAGUGUACUCUUUUUUUGUUAUCACAAGCGCGCCGAGCCGCUUGACCUCCUAUUUCGGUGAAUUAUGGAACCGGCGGAAGACUGACUUUGCAAAUAAUCCCGCCCUGACGCGCUCAGCGGCGUCCGCGGCGGGCGGCGCCCGGGUCAUGGCCCCGGCGCUCUCCGUCGCUUCCCGAGAUCACCACGAGUACGAGACGAUAGAAAACCUCGAAAAGCCAUCACACCCUAGACGGGCGCUCGCGUCCGUCGAUAACCUUGCAACACACAUGGAGGAAGAAGACAUGGGCCUCCAAAACCAGCCUAGCCUCGCCAAAGAUUCACAAGAAAUGGAGCAGAUUUUAGUUGAUUUAGGAAGCAGUGACCUUGCUCAGGCAGAUUUGCUACAAGCAAUCAAAACGUUAGAGUCGGGUGGAGACGCACUGUCUACCGGUGACCCUGAUGCUAUCUUUCCCCUUUCCGGUUUUGAUUUAACUGAAACUGUAGAUUCAGAAGGCGACGCAGCCGAAGACAAGGUAAGACUGCUGCAAGCGAGGUUAGAACGUCGUUGCGCAUUCCUGCAAAGGCGGUUACGAAUACUACAGGCACGAGCUAUUGGCAAAAGGAUUUCCGAAGAGGUUGCUCAAACGUUUGAAAAGUCCACACGAGGUGCACGGAAAGAUGGCGGAGGUAGACCGAUGGGCAUAAAGGCUCUGUUGAAGAAAAUAGAAACAACUGCUGCCUUGCAGGCUAGUGCGGCUUCUAGAAUCGUUGUGGGCCCCAAGUACUAUCAUGCAAGUACAUCAAGAGGAGAUGCAUCUAGGUCUGCGUCUAUUGGUAUAGCAUCGGGAACCCUGGCCGGACUAGAUGACACUGCUGGUGCUUUACGUUCACAUCUAUCUAUGGUGAAGUUUCAACUGGACUCUGAUGCCACGGCUUCAUCAUCUGGAGCUGAAAGCAAUGAUGAGGCUGUCACAUAUAACAAUCCUCACCAGCAGCAAAUGGCAAUUGAGAAACGAGCGCUGUGGUCCUGGCAAAAGGCGAGAGCAUCAAUCGCUUCACGUUGGUGCUGGUUGCAGGCUCAGGUCCAGGAAUUAGAGUACAAGAUCCGACAGCACAAUGAACUGCACAAGCAGGUUCGUGAGGCCAAGGGGCCCAUAGAAUUGGAAGGUGAGCCUGUAGCAUAUGAGGGUGCUUUGCCUGGGGAUGAUAAGGACAUUCCGGCUACUUGCGCCCGUGUGCGACCACUGAGGAGGGAUACCUUUAAGAAAAGGAAGCUUCUUCAAAUGCAUAAUCUACACAUUGCCACUCCAAAGGCUGCUAAACCUUCUGAUAUAAAAUGUAGCUGCCGUCAGCCUCUGGAAAGUUGUGCUGUAUGCACCGGGCGAGCUGAAGCGACGCAACCCCAAGCUUGCUCCACUUUAUCGGCCGCCCAGAGACUGGCUUUGGUCGAUCCUGGCUACCAUCCAGUGCUCAGUGAUGUCAGAGACAUAUCGCCGUCGGUGCAUAUGAGCGCGCUGUCAUCGCGCGCGUGGUUCCGCUCGCGCUGCAACAAGGCGUGGCGCGGCGCCCACCACUCGGGGCCGCCGCGGGUGGCGCACCACUCCCACCAGCUGCACCAGCCCCACCAGUCCCACCAGUCCAGCCAGCCCCAACAGUCGCAGCCCGCUCACGCCCCUCACACCGCCACCCCCACGAGGAAGCACCCCACCAGAUUGAAAAGAGGAAGGCCCCCUUUAUCCAGAAAAAUCAAAGAGAGGGAACGAGAGGAAGAAAAUUCUGCAUCUGGAAAAGAAAGCAAGCCGCGUGGCCGACCUAGCACAGAAACGCGCGCCCAUCGUAGGCCUUCGUACGACAUCGACAACAUCGUCAUCCCGCAGAGCAUCGCGGCCAACACCAGGCCGGAGAUUCUCACCUACAAGGAAAUUAUCACCCCAAAAUGGAGGGUAAUGGAGAUACCUGAAGUACCGCUAAAUAAUGGUGUUAUGAAGUCAAAUCGAAUGUCCAUAGAGAGUGAGGAAGAGGACAUAUCCGAGGCGGCAGUCCAGGCCCGGCAUUCGCGCGCCGAGACGCGCGAGCGCAGCCGUUACAUGCGGAAGCAGCGCUCACGUCGCUCCCAGCACGAGGAGGCGAAUACCGCUUCGCCCCAUCAGGCGGCGCCCCUCCAUCCCGCUUCGCCCCAUCGGGGGGCGAGCUCGUCCCAUCCCGCGUCGCCCCGCCAGGCGGCGGCGCCCCAUCAGCCCGCCUCGCCGCCCCAUCCAGCAGCGCCCCAACACAAUGCCUCGCCGACCCACCAACCGCACGAGACAGUGAGACCAUACUCGCCGCGCCAGUUCCCGCUGACGGAGCUCACAUACCAGGACAUGCUGUCGAGCAUGCCGCGGGAGUAUCGCCCCACGAGCCCCUCCAAUUGGGGCAGUUCUCCGUUGCUCUCGCCGCUGGACAACUUCGAGGAGGAGGUGGAUAUGGACGACGCGAGCACCCUAUCGCCACUCUCCCCGCUCCUUUUCGACGGGGACGACCCGGACGACGCGGAAUGGAACCCGGGACCCGAAAGGGGCGAGAGGCGAAAGAGCGCUUUCAGA